AUGAUUGCCUAUUCUAAAUCACCAUCAGACUCACAAACACUGCCUGUUUCGGUGUGCACCGAGAGCUGCCUCCCUGGUUAUUUCAGGAGAAAGCAGAAGGGGAAGCCGUCUUGCUGCUAUGAUUGCCUUCCAUGUCCCAAAGAGAAAAUGUCAAGCCAGAAGGAUCAGGAUGACUGCUCCAAAUGCCCAGAAGAUCAACAUCCAAAUAAGGACCAAGAUUCAUGUAUUCCCAAGAAAAUAUCUUUCUUGACCUAUGAAGAACCAAUGGGAAUAGGAUUAGUCAUUCUGGCAGUUUUCUUUUCUUUCUGCACAGUUGUGGUGCUGGCAACAUUUUUGAAGUAUCACAAUACUCCUAUCGUCAAGGCCAAUAACCGAAAUCUCACCUAUCUUCUACUCAUCUCCCUCCUCCUCUGCUUCCUUUGCUCACUGCAGUUCUUCAUUGCACCUGGCAAUAUAAUAUGUCUCCUCCGACAAAUUAGUUUUGGCAUCAUCUUCUCCGUGGCUGUGUCUUCUGUGCUGGCAAAAACCAUCACUGUGGUUCUGGCUUUCAUAGCCACCAAGCCAGGAUCCAGGAUGAGGAAAUGGGUGGGAAAAGGACUGGCCACCUUCAUUGUUUUUUCUUGUUCCCUGAUUCAGGCAGGCAUCUGCACAGUGUGGCUCUUCACAUUUCCUCCAUUCCCUGACAUUGACACCCAUUCAGAAAUUGAGGAAAUCAUCCUGCAGUGCAAUGAAGGCUCAGCUACCAUAUUCUACUGUGUCCUGGGCUACAUGGGCUUUCUGGCGGCUGCCAGUUUCACAGUAGCUUUUUUCUCCAGGAAGCUCCCCAGCAGUUUCAACGAGGCCAAAUGUCUCACAUUCAGCAUGCUGAUCUUCUGCAGUGUGUGGCUCUCCUUUGUUCCCUCCUACCUGAGCACCAAAGGGAAAUACAUGGUGGCUGUGGAGGUUUUCUCCAUUUUGGCUUCUAGUGCUGGGUUGCUAGGGUGCUUAUAUUUCCCCAAAUGUUACAUAAUUAUUCUCAGGCCAGACCUAAACAACAAGGAGCAACUAAUAAAGAGAAACAAUUAA